AUGGUAAGAACGUUGCCGCCCUUUCGCAUCAUGUCGCAAUCAUUACACACCACCAUUAAAGAUUUACAAAAAGAUAUGUACUAUGGAAAUGAAGUACUCAACCGAGUUUCCUUCUUGAGAGAAGACACCGAGUUCAUUUCCAAAUCAUUAUUUCACCCUUCAACUCGAUUUAUUUUCUUCAACAAGCAAAAUCCAUUAGUUCACAAAAAUUUCGCCAAUAUGUUGACAAUAAUGACUAACGGUGAUAAGCAAGUUUGUGUUGAUCAAAUUGAACCGGGGCAAUCAAACAAUCUUGGAUAUACUGGUAAUUUGCAAUUUCUCCCUCUUGGGUUAAUGAAUCAUGUGCCUCAUUGGAAAGAAAUUUUGCAUACUUGGAACGAAGAUAAUAAGAAUAUGGAUAAGAGUUUGAGAAGCAAGGGGAAACCGACUUUUUUAUUCAUGGGAUUACUUGAUGAAUCUGUUGGAUUGGAUAUUAAUUCAUUAAAAGUGGACUGUGAAUUGAAUGGAGAUGAAAAAUAUUUAGACCAUCAAGGUAGGUAUCAAGGUAUUGCCUAUUAUGCCGUUGAUGUAUCUUCCAAUAAAGAAUUGUGUCGUAACUUGGUUCAUUUUGUUAAUGAUACAAUUAAUGAAAAAUUCCAAACUGAUAAAACCCCCGAGGAAAAUGGGGUAUUUUUCACUCAUUCAAGAAAACAUUUCCUAACUUUUGAAUCAAAAGAAGCUAGUUUAUUUAGCCAGGGAGCAAUGUUUUUCCAUUGGUUGACUACUAAUAAGUUUUGUCCUGGAUGUGGUCAUCCAACUAUACCUAUUCAUGCAGGCGGUAAAUUGUACUGCACCAAUGAGGAAACAAUUACGGCCAAUGACGACACUGCAGCAGCAGCAGCAGCAGCAGCUACUGCUUCCACCAGUGAUCGACCAAAUGCGAAAUCAGCAUGUCCUGUCAAAAGUGCUCCAGUGUCAAAUGUAUCAUUCCCAAGAACAGAUAUGGCAGUAAUAUCAAUAAUCACAAAUACUGAUCGAUCAAAAAUCUUGCUCUCGUUGGGCAAGAGACACUUCACCUCCAAGAUGUAUUCAUGUACUGCUGGAUUCAUGGAACCUAGUGAAACAGUGGAAAUAGCCACCAAGCGUGAAAUUUGGGAAGAAACUGGAGUCACAUGUGAUGAAGUCAAUGUAGUAAUGACCCAACCAUGGCCAUUCCCUUCGAACCUAAUGAUUGGGUGUAUUGGAGUGGUUGAAUUCAAUGGAACUAAUGAAUUGAUCCAUUUAGGUCAUGAUAAUGAAUUAUUGGAUGCUAGAUGGUUUGAUACCUCAUUUGUACGUAAAUUGGUUUAUCCUGAACAAGUAACUGAGGCUGAUAAAGAUUUUAAUCCGGAGGGGAUAAUGAUUCCCAUGGGCCAAUCAAUUGCUUAUAAUUUGAUCAAAAUGUGUGUUGACGAAGAAGAUGAAAACAAUAAGGAAGAGUAUAAGUUAUAG